AUGAAGACCUUCACUAUCGCCUCCAUCGUCGCCUUGGCCUCUGUCGCCAGCGCUCAGCUCGACAACAUCCCUCAGUGCGCUCUUUCCUGCUUCGUCGGUCCUCUCACCAGUGAUGGCUGCGCGAACCUGACCGACUUUGCCUGCCACUGCAAGAAGGGUGACACACUCCUUGCCCAGGUCCAGCCCUGUGUGCAGAAGGGCUGCGAGGCUGCCGACCAGGCAAAGGCUAUUGCCGCCGUCGAGUCCACCUGCCAGGCUGCUGGUGUUCCCAUCACCAUCCCCGACACCGGCGCCCCUGCUCAGAGCAGCGCUCCUGCCGCCUCUGCCUCUGCCUCUGCCUCUGCCGCCCCAGCGCCAUCGUCUGCAGCAUCUGCAGCAUCUUCACCCCGUAUCUACCGGCACUCCCUCUGCCUCGCCCUCCGUCACUCGCUCUGCUACACCCUCCGGAACUCCCUCUGCCUCUGGCACUCCUUCUUCCGUCUCCCAGUUCACUGGUGCUGCUGCCCAGGCCACCCAGGCCGUUGGUAUCAUUGGUGCCGCCGCCCUUGCCAUGCUCGCUUUGUAAAUUACUACCAUAUCUUCUCUCUCUGUUGA